AGCCACGUUACAUGGUUUUAUUUAUGUCGCAAAGACACAUCUAGUUGAUCUAGUUGAUCUGUAACUUUGAUUAUGGAUGUUAGGAAUUUUAUCCGAUUUUCUCUCGUACUUCUUUUUGGACUUUAUCAAAAUGUCUCGGCGGUCGUCUUCGAGUUGGACAAUUCUAAUUUUGAUGAGACAGUCAACGGUGGUUCCAUGGUUAUGGUGAUGUUCUAUGCCCCUUGGUGCGGAGCUUGCAAGAAAGCCCUGCCCGUCCUGUCGGACGUCUCGGCGCGUUAUGAACAUCACAAUGACGUCAUCUUCGCCCGGGUCAAUGGUUUCGAGCAGAGAAUAUUAGCCCUGCGAUUCGACAUCGACGCCUUUCCAACCAUCCUUAACUUCCCCUACCAGACGGAAGCAGUAAAGUACAAGGGGCGAGUGCUAACUGACGAACUUCGACAGGCCGUGCGGGCCGAGGUCCUAAAGAAUGAAGAACUCAUCAAAACAGGCAAGAAAGUCCGGGGAGCGACACCAGAACGGCCAAAACUGCAGCCGAAAAUGCAGAAAAAUAUCAAGGAUAUCACCAUUGAUUAUUUCAAAGAGACAGCCCUGGAUGAGACCAAGCAUGCGAUGGUGUCUGUGUACGCUCCAGGGUGUACCGAUGGCUGUUACGUCUUCGCGCAAGUCGCCGAAUCAUUCGCUAACGAAGACUCGAUCGUUUUCGUGAGUCUUGACUUCACAACGGACACCCGCAUCACUGCCAGCUUCAGCAUCAUAACCAACCCUACAUUUUUCUGGUUCCCUACGUCCAACAAGGAGGGCUCAAGGUAUGGUGGUGGAUUUGAUGCCAACGAAAUUGUCGAGUUUAUAAACGACGAGACAGGCCUGGCCAGAGAAAUUGGAGGACAACUAAUGCCCAAUGCUGGUCGCACACCCGAGCUAGAUAAUUUAAUAAGACAAAGUAUGAACGACAUCUUAACCAACAGCAGAAUGGAUGGGAUCCUCGCACAAGCUAGACAUAUAGCAGAGAUAUCCAAGUAUGAGGAAAAAUAUUCUAAAGUCUACAUAGACAUCCUUGAAAGGAUCCAGGAGGGAGAGGAUGUGGAAGAUAUCAUCAGACAUAAAUUUGAUCUGAUCAACAACAAAAUGGAGCAUGCGUCGACCAAGAAGGAAAACGAGGAAUUAAUCAAGCAAAGGAACAUAGUCGGCGUCUUCGUAGACAUUGCCGCUGACAUGUAUAGCGAAUCAACAGUGAAGGAGGACAGACAAAACCAAGGAGUCGUUGAUUUACCGCCUGGUUCUUUCAAAGUUCUUGAUCAUCACGACGAACUUUGAAUCGCGAGUUUUUUAUCAAGACGAACUUUAUAGGAAAGGCCCACAACGUUUCAGUCCAUUUCACAAGAAAAUGGCAAUGAACGAAAUCGGUUUUGAAAUAGUUUCAGUACAGUGGGACCUCCCUUAGCAGACACCUCUCUACUAAGGACAACCUCUCUAAUAAGGACACUAGUUUUGGUCCCAACUUGGUUGUUUCCAUUCAAUUUGACCUCUCUAAUCAGUCACCUCUCUAUCAGGGACAGCACUUCUCAGCCCCGAGGGUGUCCUCAAUAGAGAGAUUCUACUGUAUUUCUCUUUAACUGAUUUGUUCUUGGUGAUGUAUUGUCCACUUCCAGCGAAGUAAGUAUUUUACUAUUUUUAGAUACUUCGGACUCCGAAAUUUUAGAGGAAUUAGAAAAACUGCUUUUCUUUUUUCCUGGACCACCAAUAUUUACGAACGACGUACCUCUUGAAGUGUCCUCCAAAAGGUCGCAGUGAUCUAGAUCAUUUGCACUGCCCUUUAGUACCAUAUGUAAUUUCUUUCUAAUAAAUC